AUGCCGGAGGUAGAAUUUCCCGAUGAAGAUGUGGUGAACCUGGAAAGUGAAGUCUGGGAAAUGUACUUCGAUGGAGCUUCAAACUACCAUGGAAAUGGGGAUGGAGUCGUAUUCAAAACCCCCUGUGGAGAAUACGUCCCAAUCGCAGUCAAGUUAGAUUUCGACUGCACUAACAAUGAAGCCGAAUACGAAGCCUGCAUAAAGGGGUUAGAAGCAGCCCUGAAAAAAGAGAUAAAGGUCCUCAAGGUUUUCGGAGAUUCUAAUUUAAUAGUCUCCCAAGCUUUAAGGAAAUGGAAAAUUAAAGAAGAGCGUUUGGUUCCUUACCUACGACGCUUGGACGAAUUGGCUCAGCAAUUUGAGGAUUUAUCCUUCCACUUGCCGCGAGCCAAAAAUCAGUUCGCAGAUGCUUUGACUACUUUAGCCUCCAUGGUCGAUGUAGAAGGAGAUCGAGCCAUCCGACCUUUGACGGUGCGGCUACAGAAACAUCCAGCACAUAUCAUGAAUUUGGUUGAUAACAAGCCCUGGUACUGGGAUAUACAGAAUUAUCUUCAGAAUGAAGCUUAUCCGGAGGGAUCCACCAAGACUGAUCAAAGACUGAUCAAUGAACAUUGA